AUGUCAGAUGAAAAUGAGACACAAGUCACUUAUUUACUUCUUCAAGGAUUUUGGAACCUUCACAGCUUCAACAUGUUUUUCUUCAUUAUAUUUCUAAUCAUUUUCCUUUCUACGUUAAUCGGAAACCUUCUGAUCAUCGUAUUAGUUUCAACCAGCCAGCCUCUUCAUGCCCCUAUGUACUUCUUUCUGUGCCACCUCUCUGUGUCUGACAUCAUUCUGUCACUGAAUAUUGCUCCCAUCUUGCUCUGUACCCUGCUGGGUGGGGCCCAACGAAUGUCUUUUCGAGGCUGCAUAGUACAAUUUUCAGUAUUUAGUGCCAUCACAAUUAUAGAAUGUCUCCUACUUUUGGUGAUGUCUUAUGAUCGAUACCUUGCUAUCUGUUAUCCUUUGCGAUAUGCUUCUGUUAUGGACUUCAAGACCUGUAUCCAUUUGGCAGCAUGGUCCUGGUUUCUUGGGUAUUCGGUACACUUGUGUGGAUUUGUCCCAAUAACUACCCUGCGGUUCUGCCACAACAAACUCAUCAUUGACCAUUUUUAUUGUGAUCUUUCACCCCUUCAAAGACUUGCAUGCUCUGAUACCUCGUUAGUAAUGUUAAUAGUGUUUGUUUUUGCCAUCCCUGUAUUUGUGCUUCCCUGCUGCUUAAUCAUCAUGUCUUAUAUUUAUAUUUUUAUCACCAUACUAAGAAUCCCAUCCACAACAGGAAAGCGAAAAGCAUUUUCAACGUGCAGUUCCCAUCUGAUUGUGGUGGCCACUUUUUAUGGUACACUGAUCACUAAAUAUAUGCUCCCCUACUGGGGUCAUUUAUUGCUUAUAGAUAAGGUAAUAUCUCUGUUGCACACUGUGCUAACCCCAUUAUUUAACCCAGUGAUAUACACUCUUAGGAACAAAGAUAUCAAAAAAGCAGCCAGGACUAUGUGUAGGAAAUACUGUAUAUGA